CUCCGUAGGCGAUCAAUGUCCUCGACUCUACUGAAGAUGGAUGUACUUCAUAUUUUGCAGACGAACUUUGUGUCUAUUGUAAUCGGAUUUGUCGUUAUUAUUUUAUUGUGGAUGAAUCGAGGCAAACAAAGCAACUCACGUUUGCCUCCUGGUCCUUCACCGAUUCCUCUGCUUGGUAACUUGUUACGAAUGGAUGUGAAAGCGCCAUACAAGCUCUACAUGCAGCUCAGUAAGAAGUAUGGCUCAGUGUUUACUGUAUGGCUGGGCUCCAAACCUGUAGUGGUGAUCUCUGGCUUUCAGGCUAUCAAGGAUGCUUUUGUCACACAAGGAGAAGAGUUCAGCGGCAGAGCCAACUACCCCGUGAUCAUGACAGUCUCUAAAGGAUAUGGGGUGAUGGUGAGCAGUGGGAAGAGAUCAAAAGAUCUUCGCAGGUUCUCGCUGAUGACCCUGAAAACCUUUGGGAUGGGGCGCAGGAGCAUCGAAGAACGUGUCCAAGAAGAGGCUAAGAUGCUGGUGAAAGCCUUCGGUGAAUAUGGAGAUUCAGUUGUCAAUCCCAAAGAAUUGCUUUGCAAUUGUGUUGGCAAUGUGAUCUGCUCCAUAGUCUUUGGGCACAGGUUUGAAAAUGACGACCCAAUGUUUCAGCUCAUCCAAAAGGCUGUUGAUGCCUACUUCCUUGUACUCAGCAGCCCUAUUGGAGCGAUGUACAACAUGUUCCCUAGAAUCGUUUGGUGCUUUCCAGGCAAACACCAUGAGAUGUUUGCUAUCGUAAACAAGGCCAAAGAUUACAUACAAGGGCAAGCAGAAAUCCGUCUUAAAACCCUUAACAUCUCUGAACCUCAGGACUUCAUCGAGGCCUUCCUGGUUAAAAUGAUGGAGGAGAAAGAUGAUCCUAACACUGAGUUCAACAAUGAUAAUAUGGUGAUGACUGCAUGGAGCCUGUUUGCUGCUGGAACAGAAACCACAUCAUCCACCCUAAGACAAUCAUUUCUGAUGAUGAUAAAGUACCCUCACAUUCAAGAGAGUGUUCAGAAGGAGAUAGAUGAGGUGAUUGGCUCAAGAGUGCCCACGGUUGACGACAGAGUUAAAAUGCCCUACACGGAUGCUGUCAUUCACGAAGUCCAGCGAUACAUGGACCUCAGUCCCACCUCUGUACCCCACAAAGUGAUCAGAGAUACAGAGUUCUACAACUACCACAUUCCAGAGGGUACCAUGGUCCUGCCUCUGCUGUCCUCUGUGCUUGCUGAUCCCAAACUGUUUAAAAACCCAGAUGAGUUUGACCCAGAGAACUUCCUGGAUGAAAAUGGAGUCUUUAAGAAAAAUGAUGGAUUCUUUGCUUUUGGAGUGGGGAAGCGGGCUUGUCCUGGGGAGGCUCUGGCCAGAGUGGAGCUCUUUCUCUUCUUUACCUCCCUCCUGCAGCGCUUCACUUUCACCGGCACCAAACCUCCAGAGGAGAUCAACAUCGAGCCAUCGUGCUCCAGCUUUGGCCGCGUGCCGCAUUCCUAUGAUUGCUACAUCAAACUCAGGACUGAGGAGUGAC